AUGGCGGGCCUGGAGACUCAUGUCACGGUGCAGAAGCGAGCCUACUAUGCACCGCCGUGGGCAGACGUUAGCAUUAUUGGUGUGGCGGGCAGCUCUGGCUCCGGAAAGUCGACCCUGUCUCAGGCCAUCGUGAAGAAGCUCAAUUUGCCAUGGGUGGUGAUCUUAUCCAUGGACUCAUUUUACAAGACUCUCACUCCAGAGCAGUCGAAGCUGGCCUUUGCCAACGAAUAUGAUUUUGACUCACCCGAGGCCAUCGAUUUUGACAUCUUGGUUGAGCGUCUGAGAGAUCUCAAAGCCGGAAAACGCGCCGAUAUCCCUGUAUAUUCCUUUGCCAAGCAUCAACGCCUGGAACACACUACAUCAAUCUAUUCCCCACAUGUUCUUGUUCUUGAAGGCAUCUUUGCCCUGUACGACCCGCGCGUGCUGGAGCUUCUGGACAUGCGGAUUUACUGCGAGGCUGACGCAGACACGUGUCUGGCACGUAGAAUUGUGCGAGAUGUCCGCGAGCGUGCUCGAGACAUUGAGGGAUGCAUCAAACAGUGGUUUGCUUAUGUGAAGCCCAAUUUUGAAAAAUAUGUCGAACCGCAGCGAAAGGUUGCUGAUCUCAUCGUCCCCCGAGGCAUCGAGAACCAGGUUGCACUUGAUAUGAUGGUUCAAUUCAUUGACAGGAAACUGGUUGAAAAGUCCAGGCACCACCGAGAGGCACUGUCGAGACUGGAGGCGGAAUGCAAGGAGCAGCCGCUUUCUGAUCACGUCGUGAUGCUGAAUGGCACACCACAAAUCAAGGCCAUGAACACGAUCUUGCAAGACAUUGAUACGUCGGCCGAGGACUUCAUCUUUUACUUUGACAGGCUGGCGGCGCUGGUGCUGGAGCAGGCGCUCAACAAUGUCCAGUUCCAAAGCCUCUCCAUCAGCACGCCUCAGGGCCACGAAUACAAGGGUCUCGCGCCCAAGGGCGAGGUGAGCGCCGUCAUCGUGCUGCGCGGCGGGUCGGCGUUCGAGGCUGCGCUGAAGCGCACGAUCCCCGACUGCCGCACCGGCCGGCUCCUGAUCCAGUCCAGCUUCAAGACGGGCGAGCCGGAGCUGCACUACCUAAAGCUCCCGGAGGACAUUGCCACGCACGAGAGCGUACUGCUGCUGGACACGCAGAUGGCCAGCGGCGGCGCCGCCCUUAUGGCGGUGCAGGUUCUGGUCGACCACGGCGUGGCCCUGAGCAAGAUUGUGCUCGCGACGUACUCGGCGGGCAGGCUCGGGCUGCACCGGCUGAUGACGGUCUUUCCCGAGAUCAGGGUGGUCGUGGUGAACGUCCUGGCGGAUCAAGAGCAGCGAUGGGUUGAGAAGCGAUAUUUUCGCUGUUAA